GUAUGAGCCACAGUGUUAGUCGCUCUUGGCCGUACGUAGGAAGCGCACGUUUCGUUGGCAACUAAUCGUAUAGACGCGUAUUCGAACGCGAAAUUCAAAGUGGAAGUGUUCGAUAUUUAAAUAAAAAAAGUGGUUUUUAGUGCCCUCCCAAAGGAGUUAUAUUUAAUUUUAUUGGGUUUCGGAGUACGGCGGCGGAGCGCGCGUUGUUUGGACGAUGUCGGCCGGCGACAGAGAAGCAGAGGCUCAGGCCAAGAAGGGAGAUGAGAGCAACACCUCAGAACGGGACAGCAGAGCCGCUGCAGCAUUGAAGCAGUAUUGGUGUGCGGGGCUUAGAAUUGUUGAGCUGAUCAUCGCAAUAAUUGGCAUUGGCCUGAUGGUAGGCGCGAUGGCUUACCCCCAGGUCUUGCAGUCCAACCAUCAACACAUGGCCCUUAUCUUCUCAGCGUACUCCAGUUUCAUCAUAAUCACCGGAGUCCUGAUCAUCGCGCGGCUGCUCGGCGAGACCGUUGGCUGGAAGACCUCCAUCGGAUUCUCCGUCAUCGGCGUCAUACUGUUCACGGCGGCUGCCGCAGUCAUUUUCUACGACUGGCACAGAUCUUAUUACGCCAACCUACGCCCGAACAAGCAAGCCUACGAUCUUCUGAUAACUUCUGGGGUAUUUGCAGUCAUCGAGGCGGCAGUAUUCCUUGUUCACGCUUUCCUCACAUUCAGGAAGGAGGCCGACUAUUAAAUUUAAAAAAAUAUAUUGUUACGGUAUUAUUUCUUAAAUGUUUAAAUUUAGAAUAGAAUUAAACAAUCUUACUUUUUAUGAAAAAUGUGUAUGUAAUAGAAAUGUAUUUCAUAUAGAGACUUCAUUAUUUAAGUGUAAAUAACUACUUACUUACAUAUUAUUCUGUUUGCCCGAAUGAGCAGCUCCUUGAUUUAAAUGUAAUUUUGUAAAAAAAAAGUUAACUUGUUGCCCUCUGUAGUAGCUAUAAAAAUAUUUAUUCGAUUAUUAUAUACUUUUUUAAUUUCUCUAUCAUGAUUUUUGCCCAAGGAGCAGCUCAUUAUUAUUUUGGCCGAAAGUGCAAGUUUUGAAUUAAUUAAUAGUAAGAAAUAUAACCUAUUCACAAUACAAUAUUACCCAACUGCUUAUUUUAAUAUUCAAAUAAGCUUAAAAUGACAUAAAAUAUUUACUUAAACAUGUUAAUUUAUAAAAGUUAUUCGAAAUAAGCAAACAUAUUUAUGUCGUAGGUGUUCAGUUUUUAAUGUUCACUUGUUAUUUUAUAAAGCUUCUAAGGUAAGUGCUAAAUUAGUCGUAAUGCAAUUUUGUAUUUUAUUUAAGUACCUAAGUACUAAAACAUUCCGCUUGAACCAAAUUUUAGUUAAUAAGAGACUGUGUGUCACUAGAUUAUAUUUUCUUCAUUUUAAAAUAAGUUAAAAAUAUAAUCAUACGAAACAAUACCACCGCACUUUAUUUAAAUUCCGAUUUAUAUAACUUUCACAUUUUCUUUUAAAAUUCGAUUAAAUGUGACGACUAGGUACACCGUUUUGAAUAUUCUAACGUUAAAUAGACAUUGUUUUGUUAUAAAAGUCCUUGUAGUUUCAAGUGACUUUCUCUUUUUUUUUGUAACAUUCGCACACAUUGAUAAAGAAUAUAUAUUAUCAGCUCCAAAACAAAGAAAUAAGAUAAGUUAAAUAUAUUGUCAUUUUAACUACAUAAAUAUACAUGGAGUGUUAUUUCAGUUUCGAAUAAAAAAAACAUUGGUCUGAAACUGAAGCGAAUGAAGUAGAUACUGUCUUUUUUUAGUUUAUAUAAUUAGAUUAUGGAUUUAAUUGUAAUCGAUUGUGUUUGUUUAAGAUUAUAAAAGGGAGAAACCAAAGCAGUAAUCAGUAUCCGUCCAGAUGUAGUUAAGCUUUUCCUUUUACUGCUUGUUUAUAUUUCUUUUCUAUUUUAUGUCUUUUUCUGUAUAAUUUUCUAGCAUUUUUUCUCUAACAUUUAUUUUUAAAUUAUAAUUCAAUAAUUUGUAAUAUAUCAAAUCAACCAACAACUCACGCCAAUAAAAAAAGGAGACAAUUUUUUACAAAUUAUUUUAAAAAAUUGGUGUUUUGGAUCUGCUUUUCAGAGAAAGCAAAAACAAGAAUAUUUUUCAUCGUCAGUUUAUUUAACUGAAAAUUAGUUAAAAUAUGAUUAAGUAACGUUAAUGUGUUGUGAAUGAGAAGAAAUAGAAUGAUAGAGAAUGUAAAAUAAUUAUGAAAUAUUUAAUGUAUUGCGUAGAAUUUAGAGGAAUAUUUAUAUAUUCAUUUGUAACAGUUAUAUUAUAAUCCGGCGCUAAUGUUACCUUAUAUAUUCAUGAUUUAAUAUUAUAUAAAGUGUAUUUGAUUUAUUUUUUAUAUUAUACUUAAUAUAUAAAAAGGUACUCGCGUCACGCGUUAUAAAUCAGAAAAAUAAAAUAUAAUAACUU